GUUUUGUUCUGUCCACCAUCACUGUCACGAGACAAGAUCAUCACUAGCACCACGCUCGCAUAGCAGGCUAAGGCUAGCUAGGGAGUAGCGGAGCAGCAGGAAAGCACCUCGCACACCGAUCCAUCACCGACGAUCUAGCUUGGAUCCAUGGAGUCCGCGCAGAACAAGAAGGUUGGAUCCAUGGAGGUGGAGAUGCCUGGUGUGGUUCCUGUGAGCGCGACGGUGGCCGCUCUUCCGGUCGCUGUCGGAUUUGUCAGCAUUUGGGCGCUCGUCACCCCCUUCGCCUUGUUCCUCUUCUACGGCGUUUGGGCGCUCCUCAACUCCGCACUGUCCAUGUUCUUUCGGCAGACGGACGCGGACGCGGAGGCGAGCGCCCUGGACAUCGGGAUCGUGUGCUGCGCCGUGCUCCAGGCGGCCGCGGCGGUGCUGGCUGUGCGGUUCCCGUGCCGCCGCGUCUGGGUCCGCUACGCCUUGGCCUACCUCGCCCUCGCGCUCACCAUCGCCGGCCAUUGGAUGUACUUCGCCAAAGGAGACUGCUUCUCCAGAAUCACCUGCACCGUCGGCAUCUACGAGUGCGCUGCGGGCGAUAUCAUCUGCUUCCUGGCCCUCCUCCUUGGCCCCCUCCUGGGAGUUGUUGUGGACUGGAGAAGGACGGAGUAGGACCGAAGAUCGAGUACGUUGCCGAUUAGUUCAUCUCAGUGCGAUCUGUCUGAAUCUACUAAUCUCAGUACUACGUAGUUAGUACUACUCCCUAGACUGUGUGAUACGUCGUAUAAUCACCCUAGAUAAUUGUGGUUAAUUUGUCUUUGAUGAAUUUGGCCUGUUACCAGACGUCAGUUAUAUCAUAUGGUAUUAUCUAGUUUCCGGAUAAUUGAUGCUGUUGAAAUUGGUACUGC